AUCAGUAAACGAUCUGUUCGAGAGUUCAAGUGGGCCAGUUGUGGAAAGCCUUCUGAUCCUCUGGAAGUGAAGUCACUGAAUGUUUCUCCCGACCCUAUACAUCUGUCAGCCUCAAUAACACUCAGCUUUGAUGUUCUGUUGUCUAGAAAUAUUUCUUCAUUUGAGUUGGACUUAGAAGUUAAGAAGAAAAUCUUGUUCGCCUGGAUAGAGCUUCCUUGUGAAAAUAACGUGGGUUCUUGUGACUACAAAGAUGUGUGUUCCCUGAUCCCUAACCCUUGUCCUAAGCCAAUCAAGGCCCAUCAUUUACCCUGUUCCUGUCCACUGCCCAUGGAUGCCUACAGCCUUCCUCCAAGCUUGUUUCACCUGCCUCAGCUCCCUCUACCGUCAUGGUUGACAAGUGGUGACUACUACGCCAAGGCUGAAGGGGUAGAAGGGAAAAAGCGUAUUUUUUGUUUGGAACUAUACUUCUCUUUAGCCUAAACUCAACAACUCAAGUUUCAACCGUUCCUUUGGUUACUAUACUAGUAAAACAUAUUUCUUUACUAAUUGUUUCAAACAUUAAAAUCGUACGUACGAGACUAAAAAAAACAAAACAAGGUAUUGAAAUAGAAAUAUCUCAUUACAAAAAAUAUCUACGCAGUUGAUGUAUGUUUUUAAAAAUUUUUCACAAGUUCUACUAAGAUAGCCAAUUAGCAGGGACGUGGCCGACGGUGGGGUCGAAAUACAUCCCCAAUAUUCUACAAAAUGUAGUCUCCGCUAUAUUCUGAUUUUACUUUUAAUGAUCAUUGGACUUCGUGCAUACCAUUCAACUUCUUUGUGUACAGGAAAAGUUCAACAUUUUUAUGGGUAGAAAAGACCCCCCCCCACUCUAUAAUGCUGGUUACACCCCUGAAAAUGAGUACUUUUUUUACCACUACUACAGUUUAGUAAAUACGCUUCCUAAUGAGGUUUAGUAAGAUGUACGUAUUGUAACGUUUGUCUGUAACAAGUUAAUAAUUUCGUAGUUUUGUUUUAACUUACAUUUAAACCCUGGUUGAGUUCCAUGUAGGAACAUUCUCUCAGCGAAUUUAAUAAAGAUUUUUUUUU